AUGGCGCUGCGCCACGCAAAAGCCUUGGCGCCAGCCGCGCCGCUCGGCGCGACGUCGCGCGGCGCCGCGCUGCGCGCGACGGUCGAGACAGCAACGACCGCAGCACCUCCGAAGAUGGACCUCGUCGCGAAGACGCGCGCCUUCCUCGAGAGCGGCACGGGCUUCUACAGCGCGCCCGACGCGUCCAUGCUCGCGCCCGACUUCAUCUUCCGCGGCGGCGUCGUGGGACCGUUAAACAAGGCCGACUACCUCGACACGAUGGAGAAGCUCGGCGUCUACCGCGCGUUCGACCUCGACGCGAACGCCUACGGCUUCGUCGAGGACCCGCGCGACCCCCGCUGCGUGCGCUUCUUCCUGCGCAACACGGGCGAGCACGUCGACGCGUGGCAGCCCUGGGGCAACGUCCCGCCGCUGCCGAUCAGGCCCGCGGCCGGGCGCACGGCGGUCCGCGGGCCGACGGAGACGGGCCGCCUCGUCUUCGACGACGACGGCAGGGUCCGCCACUUCGCGACGGGCCUCGUCGUCGGGAAAUGCGAGCCGGCGCGGGGGGACUGCAACACGAGCGGCCUCGGCGCGGUCCUCGGGCUCUUCCACGCCGUGGGCUUCGGCUGGGUCGGCAAUCUCGCGCUGAUCAGCGGCUUCCGGAAGCUCGCGAACGUCCUCGCGGCGUCGCUGGACCCGAGCGUGCCCAAGACGAAGUCCGAGGCGGACGUCGUCCCCGCGUGGUGGAUCGAGUAA